AUGAGUAGCAGUGAAUUCGACGAGCCGAAUAAACAUAGGCAGAAAGACAAAGGCGGCUGGGGUGAACCGCCUUCACAACCAACUGAAUAUUGGCCUGAUUCGGAGGGCACUAAGGACGCAGGUGAUGUAAACGACGAAGGCUGGGAUACGCCUCAUACAGAAAAUAGGAGUUGGGACGCACCGUCACCAAAAAAUGAAGAAUCCACUUCUAACUGGGAUUCCCCAGAUAUGCGAAACGAAAAUAACGGCGGCCGGGAAACACAAAAUAAGAAAAAUUCGGUUGAAUCGGGUGGUCGCAGUGCACAAACUUCGCACCCUAAGAAAAAUAAUGGAAAAGAUGGCUCGGCUUCUUUCAAGAGCAGGCAGGGAGAGAGAACGGAUCGGUUGGAAGAUAAAUCCAUUCAAACCGAAAGCUGGGGAGUAGAGAAUUCCAAAAAAACCCCGCCAAAAGGGAAUUGGAAGGACAAACAACCUUCGAGAAGAGAUUGGAAUGAGGACUCCUCUUUUUCCGAGUCAAAAAGUCCUCGUGGAAGAGGCAGAGGAGGUUUUCCAUUUUCUCGCAAUGGCCGAGAUAAUUUCAAGCGUGAUUCCAGAGAUUCUCGCGGUCACAACCAACGGGCCUCUCUUUCACGCGGCGAUGAGCAUCGCGAGAAAACUAACGAUGAGUAUACGGAAGAAUCCGGUUCGAAUAAAGCUAGCAGCUUAAGCGAAAAUAAUCGCUCAUCAAAAUCAGACGCACCUUAUGUGAAUAAGGAUCGCGUACUGUCCGGAGGCAAAGCUUAUCAGAGAGUGCGUGAAGACGAACUCUCCGAACGCAUGGAACGAAUACGCCUCCAAAAUGAAAAAUUGGUGGAAAAAAGAAAGCAAAAGCAAUUGCAAGAACAAAUUGAUAAUGAACGGGAGGAGAAUGCAAGGCUUAAAAUAAAAAAUCGAAACACACGGGAGUGGGAUAAAGAAAAAGAAGACGGAAAUUGGACUGGGCGUCAAAAUCAGAAGGAGAAUUGGAAUCUUAAUCAUGGUAAUUCCAACGAUCACGAAGUUGAUCGAAGAAGUUCUCGCAGCGAGGACAGUAAUUAUGAUCGGAGAAAUUCCCGUCACGAAAAUAACGACUAUGAAGAUUACUGGAGAAAAAACUCUCGUGGUAAUAACGUUGAUUACGGCCGAAGGAACUCCAGGGGCGGUAAUAAUGAAUUUGUGUAUAGAAGUCCUCGUGGUGGUGGAUUUGGACCGAGAAAUAGCCGGGGUGACGAAAGUGGAUAUAAUUCAAGGAACUACCGUGGGGGUAGGGAUAGUGAUUUUAAUUCGAAAAACUAUCACACACGAGCUAGGGGAGGUCGUGGAAGAGGUGGCGAUGAUCGCCGGGGUGGAUUCGGUGGAGGAAACCCACGUGGAACUGGCGGACGAUACAACAAUGAUCAAAGUCGGGACUCAUAUAAUGAAUGGGAUCAACCAACGGAAGAUGCUUCUGAUUGGAGCGAAACCAAAAAUCAGACAAAAUCAGAUAAAACUGCUGAAGUUUCGAGCAAUGGUGGUGCCGGUUGGGACGACUGA